AUGAAUAAACACAUUUUAGUCAAGGAAGGUGCUCGAGAAACAACACAGCAGACAUACAGGGUGGCACAAGUUGCUCUACCAAAGGCACUAUUUUCACUACAAUUAUUCACGGGAGAGAGAGUUUUGCACCACCCUGUGUACCAUGAAAGCCGACACGAGACUAGGGGAACCACCAGUGCCCGGCCAGCUCCCCAUCAGUACCCGACCAGCUCCCCAUCAGUACCCGACCAGCUCCCCAUCAGUACCCGACCAACUCCCCAUCAGUACCCGGCCCGCUCCCCAUCAACACCCGGCCAGCUCCCUAUCAGUACCCGGCCCACUCCCCAUCAGCACCCGACCAGCUCCCAUCAGCACCGGCCAGCUCCCAUCAGUGCCAGCCCCUCCCCAUCAGCACCGACCAGCUCCCAUCAGCACCCGACCAGCUCCCCAGUACCGCCCCUCCCCAUCAGCACCCGGCCAGCUCCCCAUCAGUACACCAGCCCCUCCCCAUCAGCACCGACCAGCUCCCCAUCAGCACCGGCCAGCUCCCCAUCAGCACCCAGCCAGCUCCCCAUCAGCACCGGCCAGCUCCCCAUCAGCACCGGCCACUCCCCAUCAGCACCGACCAGCUCCCCAUCAGUACCAGCCCUCCCCCAUCAGCACCCGACCAGCUCCCCAUCAGCACCCGACCAGCUCCCCUAUCAGUACCCGGCCCUCCAUCAGCACCCGACCAGCUCCCCAUCAGCACCGACAGCUCCCUAUGCACCAGCCUCCCCAUCAGCACCCGACCAGCUCCCCAUCAGCACCCGACCAGCUCCCUAUCAGUACCCGGCCUCCCAUCAGCACCGACCAGCUCCCCAUCAGCACCCGGCCAGCUCCCCAUCAGUACCGGCCAGCUCCCAUCAGUACCCGACCAGCUCCCAUCAGCACCCGGCGCUCCCCAUCAGCACCAGGCAGCUCCGCAUCAGCACCCGGCCAGCUCGCAUCUCAAAAGCCACACCGGUGGAACUAUGGGUGUUAAAAGAACUACUUACCAGAUAA